AAGAACGACUAGUCAUGGUGAAGGCCACAUGAGACACCCGCGUUCCUCAGCAGUCUCCCUUCUGGGCUCGAUUCCCUACGGAGAUCGCCUCGUCACCCGACCUCGGAGUGGCAGCUGCGCUUCACAAAAGCUGCGGCAUGGUCAUCACAGGAGCGAAGGCCGUGAUUUAGAUGCUCAUCCGACUAGCUAGGUUCAGGGGCCAAGAGGGAGACUAUUUCAACUCCCUUCUGGUCUAUGAGGCCGCGCUAGUCACUCUACCCUGCGGUGUAUCUGUUGUGCUGGACCCCACGGCGCCCCAGCUCGGGUGGAAAGAGACUCUCUCGCCGCACGCGCAAUUCAGCAAGCAGCGAGUCCACAAGGUUGUGAGCGCGGACAAUGUUGCGCCCAAGCUUCCUGGCUCCCGGUUUGCGAACGAAGACAAUCGCGCCAUCCACCCGGACGAAGACAUGCUCAUGGAAGCCGUGAUGCUGGGCCUGAUACCCCGGAUCAAGCAGCAGUACUUCCUCCAGUUGGAUGAGGGCGAGUUCACCGCCGCCCGCGCCCGCGUGGUGGCUGCAGCCAAGCGCGGCCUGUCGACGCUGGCGGAGGAGAUGAACAAUUUGCUCGGCUCAUCAUCCUUCAGCCUUUCUUCCCUCGGUUUUGUGGCCAGCCCGGAAUUCCGAAAAGCGUGGAAUUGAGCUGGUGCAGCAAAGUGGAACAUGCGACGGCGGAAGCGGAUUCGAGUGGGAUCCCUAUCCUCCGGAAGAAAUGGAAAGGGCGCGGGGUUGAGGUG